AUGACUGUGCCAAACCAAACAGUGAUUCCAAAUGUCAGCACGGCUCUCGAAUGCUGCAAGAAGACUAUCUCUGUGAAUUCUACUUCGUUUUUCUACAACCGACAUAGUAAAGAUUGUGUUGUUAGUCAGAUGUCACCGUUUCAUACCACCAACAAUUUGAUCGAAGCAGCGGGAUUUCAGUACUUUUAUAAAGACGCACCAAAAUGUGGUCUUCCUCCAGUGGUAGUAAACGCAACGCUUCUGAGUGUUUCAAAAGAUGGUGAUGACGUAUACAAAGCAUACUAUAAUUGCACUGAAGAGUACCGUUUCAUCACUUCACAUUCAACUUGUAUAGGUACAAGUUGGUCAGAUGGGGUAGAAUGUAAAGCUUUAGAUUCAUGUAAAGCUAUCAAGGCUUGUAAUUCAGGAUACACAACAGAUGGCGAGUACUGGAUGUAUCCUAGUGGUUUGAAUCACCAGAGAGCUAGAAUAUACUGUAAAGUUAUGAGUUCCGUCAAUCCUACAGAAUAUUUGACAUUAAAGGGAGAUAAUUAUGCUGAAUUUCCCCCAGGCGGCUACUCACAAUCUAAUGGGUGUAAUGCGCACACUGGUGUUCAAGGUGAUCAAGGCAAAACAAUUUUCAACAAAAUAAGAAUAUACGUACAGAAUAUGACGGUUGAAGGGAAAGAUUACAGCUUUACAAGCCAAGAAUUUGGCAUUCCUAUACCCUAUGGUGAAGCAAGGGCAUGUUCCACUCAUAAUACAGAUAUAUGUCCACAUAGAGGAAAAGCAAAGUUGGAUAUAACAUUAACUGGAUUGAGUUUUAGCUCUUCGAUUGGUUGGAUGAACGGUGGAUGGCAAGGUAUAUUUGAAGUUGUAAGUCAAACUGAUCAUGAAGUAUAUGUAACCGGUGAUGGAGCAUGUGGAGGCGGCACACCGAAUGGUCCAAUCAAAUUACAAACUGAUAUGUUAUACAGUCCACCAUUGACAUCAGCAACUGAACCAACGUGUAUACUUGAUGAACUGUAA